UUCUUCCGGAAGAUGUGAAUUUUUCACGUAUAGAAAAGAGUCUAAAAUUUCGUGUUGAGUAUUGUAAUUCAUUGUUGAGACCUUCCGGUGACCGGAAAGAACACGAAACGAAAAUGUCUGCCUUCUUGCGAUAUAUCGAAAUGGAAAACUUCAAGUCCUACCGUGGACGUGCUGCAAUAGGACCGUUGAAACGGUUUUCCGCCGUGAUUGGACCGAAUGGGUCGGGAAAAUCCAAUUUCAUGGACGCCAUCAGCUUCGUCAUGGGGGAAAAGACAAACAGCCUCCGUGUGCGGAAGUUGACCGAGCUUAUUCACGGCGCCUCCAUUGGGCAACCCGUUUCGAACCGAGCUUCAGUAACGGCUAAAUUCAUCAUAACGGACGACGAGGAGGAGGUGGAGAAAACUUUCCAACGCUCUGUGAUCGGUUCGUCGUCGGAGUAUCGCAUCAAUGGCAGUCCGGUUUCGUCAACGGUGUACCUGCAGGAGCUGGAAAAAAUCGGUAUCAAUGUGAAGGCGAAGAAUUUCCUCGUGUUCCAGGGAGCGGUAGAAAGUAUUGCCAUCAAAAAUGCCAAGGAACGUACGGCGCUGUUUGAGGAAAUCAGUGGCUCCGGGCAGCUGAAGGACGAGUACACCCGGUUGAAGCAAGAAAUGCAGAGUGCCGAAGAGGAGACUCAGUACACGUACCAGAAGAAGAAGGGAGUGGCUGCCGAAAAGAAGGAGGCGAAGCUGGAGAAACAGGAGGCCGAUCGAUACGCCCGUUUGAAGCAGGAGUACCAUGAGAAGCAGGUACUCUACAUUGUGUUCCGCCUGUACCACAACGAGAAGGAAUCAAAACGCCUAAAGGAAGAUCAAGUAAGCAAAGAGCAGGAACUGAACAUUAUCGAAAAGCGGAAGGAAGAGGCGGACGAAAUAUUAAAGGAGAAGAAAAAAGAACUCGGUAAGGUGACACGUGAAAUGGCAAAGAAGGAGCAGGAAAUACGGGAGCUCGAGGCCGAGACCAGUAAGCGCCAUCCGAUGUUUAUCAAGGCAAAGGAAAAGGUUGCCCACACCCAGAAGAAACUGGACGGUGCGAACAAAACGCUCGAGCAAGCGCGGCGCGCCCACGAGGCGCAUCAGGCGGACAUAAAGAAGCUGGAAGACGAGCUGCGUGCCGUCGAGGAUAUAAGGGCCACCUUCGAGAACGAGGUGGCCGGCGAGUCGAAGAAGCGUGGCAGUAACGUACAUCUGGAGCGCGAUCUGGUGCAGGAGUAUGACCGGCUGAAGCAGAAGGCAGACGCGACGGCUGGUAAAUAUCUCAUUCAUCUCGAUUCCGUCAACCGGGAGCAAAAAUCCGAUCAGGAUCUGCUGGACAGCGAAAUCAAUAAGAAGGCACAGAUCGAAGAAAACUACAAGCGCAACGAGUCGGAGAAAAACGAGGCCCUCAAGCGGCAGGAAAAGUUGAUAGACCAUAUCAAAUCGAGCAAGGUGGCACUCGAGGAGCAGAACCGUAUCAAGGCAGAGCUGAGCCAGGACGUGGGUUCGUCCAAGGAACGCAUACUGGAGCUGCAGUCGGAGCUGGAGAAUGUGCGCGAGCAGCUCGGUGACGCAAAGAUCGAUAAGCACGAGGAUGCCCGACGUAAGAAGAAGCAGGAGGUGGUGGAACUGUUCAAACUAGAGGUGCCGGGCGUAUACGAUCGUAUGAUCAACAUGUGUCAGCCGACGCACAAGCGCUACAACGUGGCCGUAACGAAGGUGCUGGGCAAGUACAUGGAAGCCAUUAUUGUGGACACGGAGAAAACCGCACGGCGCUGCAUUCAGAUACUGAAGGAGAAGAUGCUGGACGUGGAAACAUUCCUGCCGCUGGACUACUUGCAGAAGAAACCCCUCAAGGAGCGGCUUAGAAAUAUCGAAGAUCCACGCAAUGUAAAACUUAUCUACGACGUGCUGAAAUUCAGCCCCCUGGAAAUUGAACCGGCCGUUCUGUUCGCGACCAACAACGCGCUGGUUUGCGAAACACCCGACGACGCCAUGAAGGUGGCGUAUGAAAUCGAUCGCAGUCGGUACGAUGCGUUGGCCCUGGAUGGUACGUUCUAUCAAAAGUCGGGUAUUAUCUCGGGCGGUUCGCACGAUCUGGCCCGCAAGGCCAAACGAUGGGACGAAAAGCACAUGGCCCAGUUAAAGCUGCAGAAGGAAAAGAUCACCGAAGAGUUGAAGGAGGUGAUGAAGAAAACGCGCCGCCAGGGUGAGUUGACGACCGUCGAGAGUCAAAUUCGGGGCCUCGAAAAUCGGCUCAAGUACAGCCAGAACGAUCUGGAGGCCUCCAAGAAGAGCCUGGCGGAGUACGACCGCAAGUUGGACAACUUUACGCGCGAGCUGGAUCAAAUUGGGCCGAAGAUAGCGGAGAUUGAGAGACGGAUGCAGCAGCGCGAUUUGAAAAUCCAGGACAUAAAGGAAAGCAUGAACAAUGUGGAGGACGAUGUGUACGCUGAGUUUUGUGCCCGUAUCGGCGUCGCAAAUAUUCGCCAGUUCGAGGAACGCGAGUUGGUCCUGCAGCAAGAGCGAGCGAAGAAGCGGGCCGAGUUUGAGCAACAAAUUGAUCGUAUUAAUAACAAUUUGGAGUUUGAGCGUUCAAAAGACACUCUCAAGAACGUGCAGCGCUGGGAACGAGCCGUGCAGGAUGACGAAGAUUCGCUCGAAACGUUCAAGCAGACGGAGGCACGUCACCGGCAGGAGAUCGAAAAGGACAAGGAAAAGAUUGAGAAGGAGCGCGAAGAGCGCGUCGAGUCGAAGAAUCGUAGCAACACUGCCGAGCGUAAUCUGCAAAUGUGGGCCGAAAUGGUGAAAGGGUCGGCCGCUGGGCAGAAGUGCUGCGUGCGUGCUAAGAUUGAUAUGGGCUCCCCGAAUGGGUGUAUGCGCGAUCCAACGAUUUAUCGGUGCAAAAACGAGCCUCAUCCACGCACCGGCACCCAGUAUAAGGUGUACCCAACGUACGACUUUGCAUGCCCAAUCGUGGACGCCAUCGAAGACGUAACGCACACGCUACGAACCAUGGAGUAUCAUGACCGUGACGAGCAGUUCUAUUGGUUUAUUGAAGCACUCGGACUGCGGCGCCCUUACAUUUGGGAGUACAGCCGGCUGAACAUGACGAACACGGUGCUAUCGAAGCGCAAGCUUACCUGGUUCGUGGAGCAAGGCUUGGUCGAUGGUUGGGAUGAUCCACGGUUCCCAACCGUCCGCGGUAUUCUGCGCCGGGGCAUGACUGUCGAGGGUCUGAGGGAGUUUAUCAUUGCCCAGGGUUCGAGCAAAUCGGUCGUGUUCAUGGAAUGGGACAAGAUUUGGGCGUUUAACAAGAAAGUCAUCGACCCGAUUGCUCCCCGUUAUACGGCGCUCGAGAACGAACAGCGCGUUACGGUGAAUGUGGCAGGAGUGCAGCCGGGAACGAUGGAAGCGGCAGUUCACCCGAAGAACGCAGAAAUUGGCAUGAAAACUGUGCACUUUGGUCCACGCGUGCUGAUCGACCUGGCUGACGCAAAGGAGCUAAAGGAAGGUGAGAAUGCCACGUUCAUCAACUGGGGUAACUUGUUGAUUACGAAGGUACACAGAGGGGCGGACGGAACGCCCAUCUCGGUUGAUUCCAAGCCGAACCUGGAGAAUAAGGACUACAAGAAAACGCUUAAGCUGACCUGGCUGUGCGAACUGCCCGCGGAUCAGUACACACCGACGUACUGCGUGUACUUUGAGCACAUCAUCAAUAAGGCUGUGUUGGCAAGGGACGAAGAUUUCAAGAACUACAUCGGACAUCAAACGAGGACCGAAGUACCGAUGCUGGGCGAUCCGGAACUGAAAAAGCUGCGUAAGGGCGAUAUCAUUCAGCUGCAGCGGCGUGGAUUCUUCAAGGUGGACCAGCCAUAUCAGCCGGCCAGCGAGUUCAGUGGCGCCGAAACGCCGAUCGUGCUGUUUGCAAUCCCCGACGGACACGUCACCGCCGUACCGACCGCAAACGUCCCGAAGAAGGAAUCUGCUGGAGAGAGCAAGAAGUCUAAGCAGACGGCCAAGCCUGCCAACGUAGCUGUUGUGAGCCAACCUGCCGUUGGGGCCGCCGCACUCAACGACUCCAUUACCCAGCAAGGCGAAGCGGUGCGCAAAUUGAAGGCAGACAAAGCGCCAAAGCCUGAUGUCGACGCGGCAGUAAAAGUGCUGCUAGACCUAAAGGCACAGUAUAAGGGCGCCACCGGUAGCGAUUGGAAACCGGGAGCGGUUGCGUCCGCGGCUCCAGCGACGACGACGACCCCCCAGCCGGCCACGAAUGCUGACGCUCUCAACGCGCAGAUCACCGAGCAAGGAAAUCUGGUGCGCGAUUUGAAGGCGCAAAAGGCCCCGAAAGCGGAUGUAGAUGGUGCGGUGAAGACGCUGUUAGAUUUGAAGGCACAAUAUAAGGCCGCGACGGGAAGCGAUUGGAAACCGGGUGCAGCACCUUCGGUGGCGGCAGCAGCAACUCCUCCACCGGCGGCCGGUGCAUCGAACGCCGAGGUGUUGAAUACUAAAAUCACGGAGCAGGGUAACCUUGUGCGUGAUUUGAAGACGAAAAAGGCUCCGAAGGCGGACAUUGAUGGAGCGGUAAAAACCCUCCUGGAUCUGAAAGCACAAUACAAAGCGGCCACGGGAAGCGAGUGGAAACCGGGAGCGGCAGUGACGGCGGCACCACUGAAACAAGCCAAUUCCUCCACCUCGACCGUCACGGGCGGCUCGGUGAGUGAAAUCAACGAUAAAAUCGUUGCCCAGGGUGAUCUGGUGCGAGAUCUUAAAGCGAAGAAGGCCCCGAAGGCGGACGUGGACGCGCAGGUGAAGACGUUGCUCGAUCUUAAGGCUCAGUAUAAGACGGCAGCGGGAAGCGAUUGGAAACCGGGCUGCGUGGUCGUAAAGGAAGAGGUUCCCAAGCCACAAGGCCUUAGUGGAGAGGCGGAUCUGCUGGCUCAGAUUGCCACCCAGGGUGAACAGGUGCGUACGCUCAAGUCAAACAAAGCCGACAAGGCUUCCGUCGACGCGGCCGUAGCGGUGCUGCUUAAACUGAAGGCCGACUACAAGACGCUCACGGGCAAGGAUUGGAAGCCGGGCACGACAGUGACACCAGCUGCCGUCAAGAAGGAAGGAAAGGAAAACAUGUCCCCCAGCGGGCAACAGCAAGCAGAUGAGAAGGGUGCGCUGGCGGAGAAGAUCACCAAGCAGGGAGAUACAGUGCGUACGCUCAAGGCUGGCGGUGCACCGAAGCCCGAAAUCGAUGCGGCCGUCAAGACGUUGCUCGACUUGAAGGCGGAGUACAAGAAGCUUACCGGGGCGGACUACGUUCCACCUGGUGGUGGUGCCGGGGCCGGGGGUCGGGCACAAUCGACGAAACCAUCCGGUGGAGCAGCGAAGAAAGAGGCCAAACCAAAGGCGGAUCAAAAACCCAAACAGGAGCAGAAACCCUCGAAGGACUCGGAUGGCGCGGGUGGUGGAUCGAAGAAGCAAACUCGCCUGGGGCUCGAGGCAACCAAGGAGGACAACCUGCCCGACUGGUACUCGCAGGUGAUCACGAAGGGUGAGAUGAUCGAGUACUACGACGUGUCCGGGUGCUACAUCCUUCGCCAUUGGUCGUUCGCCAUCUGGAAGGCGAUCCGUAACUGGUUCGAUGCGGAAAUUACGCGCCUCGGCGUGAAGGAAUGCUACUUCCCGAUCUUUGUCUCGCGAGCCGCCCUGGAACGCGAGAAGACGCACAUCGCCGACUUUGCGCCGGAGGUGGCUUGGGUCACGAAGAGUGGCGAUUCGGAGCUAGCCGAACCGAUCGCGGUGCGCCCGACGUCCGAGACGGUCAUGUACCCGGCGUACGCCAAGUGGAUCCAGUCGUAUCGUGAUCUGCCGAUUCGGUUGAACCAGUGGAACAAUGUUGUGCGCUGGGAGUUUAAGCAUCCACAGCCGUUCCUGCGCACCCGUGAGUUCCUCUGGCAGGAGGGCCACACGGCGUUCGCGUCCAAGCAGGAAGCGGACGAGGAAGUGCUCACGAUUCUGGACCUGUACGCGAAGGUGUACACCGACCUGCUGGCCAUACCGGUCGUGAAGGGGCGCAAGACGGAGAAGGAGAAGUUCGCCGGUGGUGACUACACGACCACGGUCGAGGCGUACAUUUCAGCGUCCGGGCGCGCGAUCCAGGGUGCCACCAGCCACCACCUGGGCCAGAACUUUUCGCGCAUGUUCGACAUCGUGUACGAGCAUCCGGAAACGAAGGAGAAAGAGUACGUGUACCAGAACUCGUGGGGCAUUACGACGCGCACGAUCGGCGUCAUGAUCAUGGUGCACGCGGACAACCAGGGUCUGGUGUUGCCACCGCACGUCGCCUGCAUCCAGGUGGUGAUCGUACCGUGCGGCAUUACGGCCACGACGACGGACGAGGAGCGGCGCAAGCUGACGGACAGCUGCCGCGAGCUGGAGCGUGCGAUCGUGGCCGCCGGCAUCCGGUGCGAGGGUGACUACCGGGAUAACUAUUCGCCCGGCUGGAAGUAUAACCACUGGGAGCUGAAGGGUGUGCCAGUGCGCGUCGAGUUGGGCUUCAAGGAUCUGCAGAACGAUCAGUUUGUGGCGGUGCGGCGCGACAACGGUGCCAAGUUGACGGUGAAGCGGGGUCAGGCCGCCACCGAGCUGCCGAAGCUGCUCGAAACCAUCCACGGCAGCAUGUACGAUCGGGCCGACCGCGAUCUGCGCGAGCACACCAAGGUCACCAAGCAGUGGCCGGAGUUCCUGCAGUUCCUCGAGGCGAAGAACAUCAUUAUGGCACCGUUCUGUGGCGAGAUUGCUUGCGAGGAACGCAUCAAGGCGGAGAGUGCCAGAGACGAUGCUGAGGCGGAGGCGGGUGCACCGGCGAUGGGCGCUAAAUCGCUCUGCAUUCCGUUCGAACAGCCGGCCAAGAUCGAUCCCAAGAACGACAAGUGUGUCCAUCCGGCUUGUGGUAGAGCGGCCAAAUUCUAUACCCUCUUCGGUCGAAGUUACUAGAAAGCGCGAACCUGUUUGUUACUUGUACCGUCGAUGUCCUUCAAAAUGUUCGACUAAGCUCAACCAACCUAGUUCUAUGUGUGCUUUUGUCCUCUGAUACGAUAAAUAAACUAAAGCGAAAUUUGAAUAAUUUAA